AUGUGGACAAGAGAGAUGGACUGCCUCCUCUCCGUCUGCGACUACAUCGUCGAGUUCUACCCGUCAACGCAGACCCUGCCUGAUGGGACCAAAGUUGAGGUCAUGGAGACCAGACCAAGAUCGGACAUUUACAUCAACCUUCCCGCGCUCGAGAAGCUCGACGCCAUGCUCAUCCCAGCAAUGAUGAAUGAUGAUCCCGAUCAUGCGCGACGAACGGUGCAGGACAUUCUGGACAGCUUCCAGAAGGCGGAGUUCUGCGGCGUCCUCAGCGACAUGGAGGUGCCAGAGUCGUUCAUGGCCGUGCUCCCCAAGACCACCCUGGACACCAGCAAGAUCCAGUUCAACAAGGAUGUUGGGCAAGCGAUUCUGGAGAGCUACUCAAGGGUUUUGGAGAGCUUGACUUUCAACAUUGUUUCAUGGAUCGAUGAUGUUCUUUUCGUCGACAGGUCGAUUAGGAAAUUCAGUGACAACCUGAAGCCCUGA